UACAGCUUCAACUCCACCAGGACCGAUAAACCCUCUAGUCCCAUUCACUUCCCUACCGCCUCAGGAUCCUACAACGCACAGACAAAGAUGAGCGCUCAGGCAUACUACGAGCUCUAUCGCGGGAGCAGCAUCGGCCUCUCCCUCACUGAUACCCUCGAUGACUUGAUUAACGAAGGCCGGAUUGAGCCUCAGCUCGCCAUGAAGAUCCUCUCCACAUUCGACCGGAUCGUGACCGAGGUGCUAGCGGAUAAAGUGCGCGCGAGGCUGACGUUCAAGGGCCACCUCGAUACCUACCGAUUCUGCGAUGAAGUCUGGACCUUCCUGAUCAAAGAUGUGACAUUCAAGCUGGAUAACCAGACGACCGUGUCGGCGGAUAAGGUGAAGAUCGUGAGCUGCAACAGCAAGAGGCCUGGGGAGGCUUGAGAUUGCUUUCCCCUCUGGCUGGGCUUGUUUGGCUACGACACGCUUGCGUCGAAUCUUUAGAGAUGGCGUUAUCUCAUUCUUUGUGCAUUUAUGUUGCUGCAGAUAAUGUUUGUUUUGUGGGUUUUAGCAGGAUUCUGGGUUUGUCUUGCUGGGUUUGGGCUGGGCGUUUUAUGCGGGGAGGAAGUUUGCGUCCGUUGCAUUUGAGGAGGGAGGAUAGAGUGGGCUCUCCCCUUCUCUGAUUUUCAGAAGUAUGUACUGUACUUUCUUUACAGAAGUUUCAUGCAAAAAUGUGAUACCCUAGUU